AUGAGGAGAAUUCUGCUUUUACUUGUCUUUAUUCUCUGUAUAUCUCCGGGAAUUUGUGUUAGUGGCCUUCUAUAUGUUCCAGGACUUGCUCCCACCGCACGUCGUUUUGGAGAUGAGGUUCGAUUGGAAGUUAACAAACUCUAUUCUUUAACCAAUGAAUUACCAUACCCUUAUUACGAGCCACGCACACCGUUUUGUCCUCCUAUUGAUAAACAUGAAUUGGGUUUAAGGCAGAACUUGGGACUUGGUGCGCUACUGAGUGGUGCACGUCCACAGUGGUCUUCUUAUACAUUCUACAUGCUUCUGGAAACCUGUGAUUCUGUAGAAUGUGAGGACCAAACACGUUUGACUGCCGCUCAAGUGAAGUGGAUGCAAAAGUUAAUUGAGAAAAACUAUCGUGCACAGAUAAUGCUUGAUGAUAUUCCAGUUUACAGUGAUGCUGCAGAGUUAUUUCAAGGUGGGUGUAAAAAAGGCUCUUACAAACGAAAAAAGAAUUUAGCUGGACCACAGCAAGGAUUUUACUUGGGUGUUUCCUCCAAAUGUACAGGUGGUCCUGUGCAUCUUAAUAAUCAUCUACACUUUGUUAUUUAUUAUCAUACUCUCACUCCCACUGAGGCUAUGAACUAUGAAGAGGGUACUGCUCCUGAUGGAACUAAGGUUCAGAUGCUCCGUAAACGAAAUGCACGUCAAAAAGUAAAAAAAAAUAAAGAAAAUAAUUUAGUAGGAGAUACAAUAAUAACAAAUGAUAAUUUAAAAGCUGAUAUUCCCAUGGAUGAUAAUGAUUUUUAUGGUGAUGGUGAUGAUGAUGAUGAUGAUGAUGAUGAUCGUUAUACUAAAAAUACUGAAGAUACCGCCUUCUAUACUAUAGUUGAUGUAACUGUGCAAGGUUUCUCUGUGGAUUGGCGUGAUGUCAAGGAUGGUCGACCUUCUGCUUGCCCAGGAGUAAAUAAUAAUAACGAAGAGAGAAUCCUCUUUGAGAAUAGUAGUCUCAAUAUUAUGGAUAUUAAAAAUGGUAAAUAUCCUCCAUUAGUUCUUAAUAAUUCAUUGACUAAUCGAAGUAUUGCAUGGACAUAUACAGUGGAGUGGCACGAACAACCAGACCUUCAGUGGGGUACAAACUGGGAGAAGUAUUUUAAUAAUAAGAAAAACAAACAGAAAUCUGGUAUUCAUUAUUUUUUUAUUAUAUACUCCUUACUUAUAGUACUCAGCAUGACUUCCGUUGUUGUUUUUAUUGUCAUUCGUGCUCUCCGCCGGGAUUUCGCUCUUUAUAAUUCUCUUUUGGAAAAAUCAAAGGAAGACAAUUUUGAUUCCAUUCUUGAGGAUCAUGGUUGGAAGGCAGUAAGUGGUGAUGUUUUUCGUCUUCCGAAACGUGCUGAUGAUCUUGUUGUACUUGUAGUAUCUGGUAUUCAUGUUUUUUUCUUAACAGCUAUAUUCAUUUUAGGCACUUGGAUUCAAUAUGAAUUUUCUUCAAAUAGGCAAAGCAUAAUCAUGAUCAUACUUAUUCAAUUUCUUUUAUCAUCACUACCUUGCGGUAUUUUUACUGUAUGGUUAUCUAAAUCACUUCAUUUGCCACAACGUUGGUUAACAAUAAUAAAAUAUGUAUGUGGACUUCCAGGUGUCGUAUUUAUCACGUUUUUAUUAAGUAAUAUUGUGCUUCGAUUAGCACGUAGUACUGGUGCAGUCUCAUUUGUAUUUUUUAUAUUUUUAUCAAUUUUGUGGAUUUGUGUAUUUGUCCCUUUAGCUUUUAUUGGGGCUAAAUUUGGUUUCUUGAUUCCUGUCUCUACAUUACCGAGAUCAGUGAACCCUAUACCACGCCGCAUAAAUACAUCCCUUAUGCCUGUUUUUUUGCAAACGAGGUAUAUAUUGUUUUUGUCAGGGUUAGCUCCAGUUGGAGUGGUACUAUUUGAAUUGCGCCUCUUAUUCAUAUCUCUAUUUGAGGGGUAUUCUUAUAAUUUCUUUGGAUUCCUCAUGCUGGUAUUUCUUCUAUGGUCACUAACUUGUGGUCUUACUUCUAUUUGUGUGGUGUACUAUCGUCUAUGCGCAGAAGAUUACCAUUGGUGGUGGUUGAGCUUUGCUGCACCGUCUUCAUGUGGACUUCAUCUCAUUUUAUUUGUCAUUUUCUUCUACUUUGCUGUUGUAAAGAUGACUACAGUGGCAGCAACCGUUCUUUUCACUAUUUAUAUGGGUUUACUGACUCUUUUUUAUGUACUCUGUAGUGGGGCCAUUGGUUUUCUCUCGGCGUGGAAGUUCGUAAAUGUCAUUUUUGCGUCUGUUAAGUUUGACUAA